AUGCCGGCUAGGGCCUUGUCCUUCUCCGCCUCGGCGAAGGCGCCGCACCGCAUUGUGUUUGACUCGGACGACUCGACCUCGAGUGAUGGGGAAGGCCACAAGUAUGACGGUGACUCGCUCGCGCGAGAUAUGACGGCCGCGGCAGAACGGGAGCGUCGCAAGAACCCGCACGCGGAGAGCGGUCGCGCCAGGCUGCCUCGUGCGCACCCACUCGCUCCGUCAAGCGCAUCCACUGUCAAGGCGUCAUCGACCGCGGUGCCGUACAAGGCAGAAAAGAUGGACCUGUUCGGCAGCGACUCCUCCUCGUCCGAUGCGGAGACAGAGGAAGAAGCGAAAGACGCUACCAUGCCAGGAAAGGAAAAGUCGCGCCUGCAAACCUCUACGACCGCGCCAGCGCCCCCUUCCUCCGCGGCAGCCUACGUACGUGGCAAAACAGAUGGCUCCGCAAGCAAAACGGCCCACGUGCAUGGCCUCAACUUUCAGAGAGUCAAGGACAGCAAAGGAGUCAGGAAAGAUCCUCUGACAAGGAGCACUACGAAGAAUGACGACGCGAAAGACAGCGAUGGCGAGGAAAUCGGACUGCACAUCAACAAAGCGUACGCGGCUCGUUACGAGGAACAGAAGCGCAAGCAGGAACUCCACACACUGGCGGAGAAGUACAGGGGAAAGCUAGGCAAGGCCACUGCUCUCGGCUUCGACAGCGACGACGAAAAGAGUGAGGAGGCCAGUUCUGAUGGCGAGGAGUUCGAGGAAGAUGACGAUGCGGUGCUUCUCACCCAUGAGAACAACCUCAGCUUUGCCAAGGCUCUGUUGGCGGUGCGCAAGGCUACGGUGCCGCUCCGUGUCAGCAGUAGCGCCAAGAGAGACAAAACGGUGGCGACCGGCUCUGCUGCACGCGGUGAGGGGUCUCCCCCGUCACCCACCUACGCCGACACCACUGUGGAAGCCCUACUGCCAAAGGAAGAGCUCCUCAAGCAGCGUUUCUUCCCUCCUCCUGAAGAGCAAAUUCGUGUGAACACUGACGUCUUUGAGCGACGCAUGGCGCAGAAGCGGCGCAAGGGUGCAGGCAAGGACAAGUUCACUCUCUCUGAUGAGUACAAGCGCGCCCUCAAGGCCACUGCUGAGUCGGAGGAUGCCGUGGUGGGCGCCUCUGACGAGGAAGACAAGCACGACGGGCUGCGAAAGCUGCGACCUCAGAACGCAGAGGAAGCAAAGCUCCGCGCCGCUUUCCUGCGUGAUGUGGAGGACAGCGCCAACACCUUUGAAGUGGUCCGCGGUGCCACCUCGGCAUACGCGUCGGAACCAGUGGCAGCCACUAGCGACGAGGACAGCGCAGACGAAGAUGACUGGCAGCGCGUGGCCAGUGAGGAAGAGAAGCAGUUGCUGGAAGAGGCGUUUGCGCUGAGCAUGUCCGCCACCGGUGCAAGGAAGAGCGGGAGGAAGGAGGAACAGUGCGCCAGCGGCGACGGCGACGGCGCGGCAAGUAGAGAUGACAACGAAAAUGAUAGCGAAGCGUUCCUGCGCGACUUCUUCAUCCAGGAGCUCUGGCGCCCUGGCGCGGCUCGGAAAAGGGGCAAGGCGCACAAAGCCACUGCCGACGGUGGCAAGGAGGCCGUGGGCAGCGACGAGGAGGCCAAAGGAGAAGACUCAGCCGGCUCAUACUAUGACCGCCUCGCCCAGCUCGCCCGAGAGGAGGAGGACGAAGCGUUCUUCAGCAAUGCUGAGGUGUGGGAGCGGGAAUACCAAGAGAGGAAGUACCGCCACCAGGAAGCGGAAGAAGAAGCAGCCAACGGCGGCGCGUCAGCAGCGCACGUGCAGACGUAUCCUCGUCCCAUUGGUGAGGCCGCCACGGGGCUGCUUCGCAAGCCGGAUACCGCACGCAAGGACGCACGACAGCGGCGCCGCGAGCGCGCAGAGGUGGCACGCGCGCAGCAGAUUGAGGAACUGAAGCGUCUGAAGCACCUGAAGCGGAAGGAGAUCGAGGAUCAGCGUGCCCUCAUCGCCUCCGUCGCGGGCCUGAAAACAUCGACCGCCGAGAGGUUUGGGGAGGAGGAGGAGGCUCAACUGGCAAAGCUCAAGGCGGUGUGGUCGGACAAGGCCCUCGACGCACCGUUCGACCCGGCGGAGUUCGACCGCAAGAUGGCGCAGCUCUUCGAUAGCGAUUACUACGACGAAAGGAACGUCGACGAGGACGAGAUUGCAUACUUUGACGAAGAACUCGACAAGGAGUCUGACGAGGGUGACAAUGGCACGGCAGAAGUCGUCCAAUCGGUCGAGGCUCCCACACUGUUUACGGCGAACUCGCUGGAGGAGGCACAGUCAAUGAUGUCGGCCAUCUCGGCGGCAAAGGCAAAGAAGAAAAGUAAGAGCGCGAAGGCCUUCUUCGACGAUGACUUCGGACCCUCAUCGGAAGUCAGUGCCAGUGACGCGCUCUCCCUUCUCUACCCGUCACAUGCAUUGCAGCAGCUGGAGAAGGAGCGGCAGCAGCUGAAUGACCUGGCCGCCUCCUCUACCGGAAAAAGCGAGACCAACGCUGAGCUGCUGGAGCGCCUGCAAGCGUCUCUGAAACAGAAGGAAGAAGAGUACUAUCAGCUGCACCGCAACGCCGGUGCAACGUCGUCGGACAGCGCAGGCGCAGGCGUCAGAGAUGGCUUCCGGUACCGUGAGGUCCCUCCAGAGGACUUCACACUGUCUAUCGAGGAAAUCUUAGCACUCGAUGAUCGGCAGCUGAACAUAAUUGCCCCCAUGAACUGCUAUGCGGCUUACCUCGACAAGGACAGCAACGAGCGGGAUCGACGUCGCAUUGAGCGCCGCCGGCAGAAGGGGUUUCGACAGCUGGACUCCGACCGCACCUCGCGACGCUAUGGAAACGUAAAGAGCACUGCUCUAUUGAACCCAGAACAGAUAAACGAUGAGGAGGGUGAGGCGAUUGCAGCAAACUUGUCGAAGCGCCUGCGCGAGGAGGGUGAAGACCCCGAUGCGCCGCUGGAGACGCCAAACUACGCGCGUGGCCGAGGCCACAGUAGAGUUGGCGCACCGGUGGGCUCAUCGCAUUACACGUCGUCUUCUCGAAGCAAGUGGUCAUGCACAGAAGGCCGCGGACGUGCCAGUGACCGUGGUCGCAGCCGCGGCCGAGGGGGGCCUUUUUCCAUCCGUCCGCGGCGGUAG